UUAGGUGAGAAGAUCAUUAAAAAUCCGUGGUCGUCGCAAAGAAAAAGAGAAAUUACCGAGUGGUAUAACUGCUGAUUAUAGUGCAAAUUUUUUUGCUCAUUUGGAUCGGGAUGUUGAACGCGAUCGUGGUGUCGAAGAAGUUAUGGCUGAUGCAAAUGCAACAAUCGAUAACAACAGUGAUGCUGGCGAUCAUGUUGUGUCGAUUAAUGUUUCCCAUUCGGAUAGUUCCGAAACAUCGCUUCAAUCUGUUGGUGUAAAUAAGGUCCGAGUUCUACCACCAGUCCCACCAAAGCGUGGAAUUUUGAAAGGUCCCCGCACCAGUAUUGGAUCAAGAGAUUUACAAAAUCGAACAGCAAAUAGUCUGAAUACAUCUACAGAUACAACAGUUGAAACACUCAUGAAAAACACUUUACAUAAUGAACUAAUCACCUAUGAAAACGUAUCAAACAAGCGAUCAUCAACUGAGAAUCAUAACUCAGAAGAGAACUCAAAUUUAAAUUUAUUGAUAAUGACAUCGGCAUCACCAAGCGCAGAGAGUUUGACAGAUACGACGAAUUCAUCGUUUGUUACGCCCCCAUUUUCGUUGAGUCCGGUUGGUGAAUCACAAAGUUUUCAUCGUUGGUCGCGUGUGCAGACAUUCGAUGGUGUUGAACUACCGUUGCCACCCAUUAAAUUACUUCGACUGCCAGCACCUCGUGCUCUGAUUAUUAAAAGACAAAAACCAAGAAAUGAUUUUGGAUUCAGUUUACGAAAGGCAAUAUGUUUGGAUCGAAAUGAAUCAUUAAUGGCACCAUCCUUUAAACCGGUGAUAUUUGCUGAGCCCGGUACUAAUAGCAACAAUACAACGGGACUUUUACCAGGCGAUCGAUUGAUCAAAGUGAACGGUGUUUGUGUGGAGAAUUUGCCAAGAGAAACAAUAAUCGAAAUGAUUAAGAACAGCGAGGAACAGAUAUCAGUGGAAGUUCAACCGGUUUCGGAGCUGGUGGAGUUGUCAAGGCGAUGUAUGCAUUUUAACGAUGCCGGUGUUGAUGUCACCGACAAAGCAACCAAUUGUAAUACGUUAAAACGAAGUGCCAGCAAACGUUUCAAGAAUCACAAUACCGAAUAUCAGUCCAGCGAUGAUGUCAGUCAGGAUAAAUUUUGGUUGAUACACCGUAAUGGUUUUGCUGCUGCCAUAAAAUGUUCAAAAAAAAUCAGUGAUUUACAAAAAGUUUGUGUACAGCUAUUGCACAAUGGUGAACAAAUGAUCGUCGAUGAAGAUGAUUUGGAACAGGCCAACCCGCAUUCAUUAGAUCUAGUUGAAGAUCUAGUCCAGCUAAAGCAUCUGAAUGAAGCAUCUGUACUACAUUGUUUACGUCAGCGCUAUGCAAAUAAUUUGAUUCACACCAUGGCUGGACCAUCGUUGAUUGUAGUUAACCCGAUGGCACCAUUAUCAUUAUAUUCAGAGAAAGUUGUGUCCAUGUUCAAAGGAUGUAAAAGUGAAGAUAUGCCACCACACAUUUACUCAACGUCACAAUCAGCUUAUCGAUCAUUGCUAGAAACACGCCGUGAUCAAAGUCUUAUUUUCUUAGGAAGAUCGGGAAGUGGUAAAACGACCAGUUUCAAGCACGCUCUUUAUUAUUUGGUACUCGCCGCUGGUUCAACAAAUAAAAUUUUAACAGUCGAAAAAAUUAAUUCAAUUAAUACCAUAUUAGAAGCGUUUGGAAAUACCAAAACAUGUAUGAACAAUAAUGCAACACGAUUCACGCAACUUUUUAGUUUAGAUUUUGACAACACCGGUAUGAUUGCAAAUGCUUCGGUUCAGAUUUUACUCGCCGAAAAAUCGAGAGCUGGUCGUCAUUCAGGAAGUGAUCAGUCAUUUCAUGUUUUAUCACGUUUAGUUGUGGGUGCAGAAGGUUCUUUGCAAAAAGAACUCGGAUUAGACCGACUCGUUUUCGAUAAUAGCAAUCCAUUUGUGUCAAUUACACAAAAAAUGGAAGAAAAACAAAAAGCAACGGCUGAAUUCAUUCGCCUAGUCCAAGCAUUUGAAGCAUUGAAUAUCGAAACUUCAAAUGUCAAGGCGAUUUGGAUGGUUUUAGCUUCAAUAGUUCAUUUGGGAAUAGCUGGCAUUGCGAAAGUUGGUACUGGUAACAAUAUGCGGAUUCAAUUUGCAAAUCCUAUAGCCGCACAAAAAGCUGCAGACAUUUUAGGAAUUUCAAUGGAAAACUUGACGAAUGCUGCCUUUUCAAACGCUUCUAAUGGCAAUCAAUUGAAUGCCACCAUGCUCGAUACCAGUAGAAGUAUGGAAGAGAUGGCAUGGGAUAGUUUGGAAGCUUUAGUUAUUGGCCUAUAUUCCGAGGCUAUGACAGCUGUUGUUGGGCUGAUAAAUAAAUCGAUUUGCAGCUCUGUUCAUACAGUGGCAUCUAUUAUAUUGGUCGAUGCGCCUGGGUUCCAAAAUGGUGCAAGCUGCGGCUUUCAAAAUGGUGCAACAAUAUCUGAUCUUCGUUUCAACUAUCUACAAGAGCGUUUACAAUCCCUAUUCCAUCAUUCUUCUCUGGUGACGCCACAAAACCGUUAUUCUCAAGAGCUAGUCGAAAUCAAUACGGAGGGAAUCGUACAAGAGAUCGAUCCAAAUCAGCUUGUAUCUUUGAUUGAUAAAGCACCACAAAAUCAUGUGGUUCGGGGUUCACAACGUGAUUUACGUGAACAAGAUCGAAGGGGACUACUAUGGCUUCUCGACGAAGAGUCUAUGUAUCCAGGUUCAAAUGAUGAUUCAUUCUUAGAACGUCUAUUUUCGCACUAUGGUGAUCGUGAGCAUCAAUAUUUAUUGCGUCGUUCACCGAUUGGAAAACAAUUCGUGCUUCAGCAUUUUCAAGGCACAAAUCCUGUACUGUAUUCGGUUGAUGGUUGGGUAAAGAAAAGUAGGGAACAUGCGGUCACAAAACUAGCAACAACUUUACUGCAAGAUAGUAGCAAAAAUGAAAUAAAUUGUUUAUUCAGUGGAGCAUUAACACGUGGAUCGGGUUUUAUUAUGUGUAGUUCUAAUAGUAUCACAGAAAGUACACAUUCUUUACGUCGAAUUUCAAGUAUCAAACGAUCGUUUGCGACGGCUGGUAUCAAACAAAACUCCGUGCUUCAGUUAAAAUUCUUCGUGGACUUUAUCAUAGACACACUUCGUAGAACCGAAAAACAUUUCGUGCAUUGUUUGCUACUGCAACAUAAUGCGGGUUCAGUAACCGUCGCAUCUCCCAAUGGUAAUAUUAUUAAUCCUUAUGAUGACUUGGUCAAUAUACCAUUGCUUCGAAGUCAAUUGCGUGGAUCGCAGAUACUUGAAGCAGCACGUCUUCAUCGCUUGGGUUUCCCUGAAACUGUUCCAUUGAACGAGUUUGUGCGCCGCUUUGGUUUGCUUGGCGAUGCUUCUUCGAAGAAUACAUCUGUUGAAGAGAUUCUCACAUCUAAUGAAAUUGAUCCUUCAACGUAUCGUAUUGGCAUUAGUUUAGUUUUGUUCAGAUGCGGUAUUUUGAACCAAUUGGAAGCAGCACGCGAUGAGCUACUCUUUGAUCGAAUAACACAAUUUCAAGCUGCAUGCCGUGGCUAUAUAAUACGUAAAAGAAUUGGACAACGACGAGUUCAAGAAUUAGCGGUGAAAUGUAUUCAACGAAAUGUGCGUGCAUUCAUGACGGUGCGUGACUGGCCAUGGUGGCGUUUAUUUAUUCGUGUUAUACCCCUAUUGAAUGUUCAUAGAACGGAAGAACAGUUGAAAUUGGCAUGCGAUGAACUGCAAACAUUGCGCUGCAAACUAGAGAAAUAUGAAAACGAACGAAAUGCAUUGAAGACUGAUAAUAACCGCCUUGAAUUGAAGUUGUCCGAAAUGACGGCCGAUCUAACUGAUCUAACGUCCACAUCAAAUAUAACGACAGAAAGGCUUGAGGCUGAGACAGCUGAAAGAUUAAAAUUGGAAAAAGAACUGCAACAACAACAAGACAAAGUGCGCAGUUUGCAAGAUAUGUCGGAGAAGUUAGAGAUGGAACUCAUUUGCGCUAAAUCCGAAUUAAAUGGCAUUUCCGAAGAUGAAGAUGCUGAAAAUGAUGAUGGGCUUAACAGCAGUGUCUAUAAAAUGAAAUAUGAACGAGUUGCAAAGGAACUAGAAUUCACAAAACGACGAUUACAAACUCAACACGAUCAUGAUUUAGAUCAAUUGAUUGGCUUGAAGAAACAACUGGAGAAAAAAUUGUCAGAUGCAUAUGAAGAGGUGGAAGAGCAACGACAAGUUGUCGGUCAAUGGAAGCGUAAGGCUCAAAAGUUAUCCAGCGAGAUGAAUGAUUUGCGAAUGCUCUUGGAUGAACAAAAUGGUCGUAAUAAUUUAUUGGAAAAGAAACAACGGAAAUUUGAUGCUGAAAGCCAGUCACUACAGGAUGCUGUACGCCAAGAAAAGCAAUCUAAAGAGCGCUUGAGCCGAGAAAAGGAUGUGUUGAUUGCCGAAAAAUUCAACUUAGAACAGCAGUUGGCUGAUGCACGAAUUGAGCUUGACAUCAAAGAAGAAUCUAUAUCAUCAUUAAAAAGUGAAAUUGAAGAAAUGACACAUGUCGGUGGAAGCGAAGAAGAAUUUACUCAAUUGAAAAAGACCAAAAUAGAAGCAGAAAAACUGUGCAAAGAACAAGAAGAAGAACUCGAUGAAAUGGCUGGUCAAAUUUCUUUGUUGGAGCAAGCGAAACUACGUCUAGAAAUGUCAUUGGAAACUAUGCGAAAGGAAGCACGCCGUGAAAAUCAACAAAGGGAUGAUGAAUUAGAGGAAAUUCGUGGAACGAAUCAAAGGAGGAUCAAAGCACUCGAGUGCCAACUAGAAACAGAACACGAAGAAAGAACGCUUUUACUGCGCGAGAAACAUGAGUUGGAGCGUCGUUUGAAGUCGGUCGAAGAACAAGAUCGUGUUGAUCGAGCGGCUGAAGAUGUAGCUCAUCAAAAAUUGAAGCGUGAUUUAAGAAAGUAUAAGGCUCUACUAAAAGAUUGCCAAGCGCAAAUUGAACGAAUGAAAGCCGAUUCACCAAGCAAAAUUUUGGUACGUCAAUUAAAAAAUCAAAUUGAAGAUAGUGAAACAGCACGAGCCAUUGCUGUGAAAAUGAAAAAUACCAUUGAAACUGAAUUGACCGAUCUUCAACUAAUUUUGGAUGAUGCGAAUCGAAGCAGAAAUGAAGCCGAAACCAAAGCAGCUCAGGCUCAACGCGAAAAGGGUGAACUACAAAUUCAAUUCGAAGAAAAUGAAGAAGAAAUGGCCGAACUUCUGAAGAGAUAUUCAAGCGUUGUGAAACAACUAAGUUUGGAACAAUCAACAAUAGCCCAGAGUGAAAUAAGGAUAGUUGAGCUUGAAACAGAGCGAAACUCACUGAAAGAGCAAGUUGAAGAUCUGGAAACUCGUUUAGAAAAUGUUGAAAGUAUCACAGAUACGUCGACAAAUAUUCAAACUAAACGAUUGGAAAUGAAAGUAAAAGAGCUGGAAUCACGUUUGGAAUUGGAGCAAACAACUAGAUCGCGCCUCGAGGUUCAAUUCAAUAGGUAUAGAGAUGCCCUGGACAAGACACAACAGGAAGCGUCACAAACAAAAGCCAAAGAACAAAUUGCACAAGAUUCUUUGAAAAAAGUUCAAAAGUCGCUGAGAGAGUUGCGAGAAGAAUCCAAUCAGCUUGCGAAUCGUGAGAGCGAUCAUAUGGCAAAACGUAAAGAUAUGGAACAGAAAUACGAAAAUGCACAAUCUGAAAUUUCGUCUUUAAAAAAUGACCUUCGUUUGGCAUUACAACGAAUUGCCGAUUUACAGCAAGCAAUGGAAGACGUCGACGAUGAUGAUGAUGGUUCGACUCAAAGUGAUUCAAGUGAUACAUCUGAAGAUUCGCAAUAUGAAACAUCUGCAAUAUUAGCACGUCGGAAUAUACAAUCGAAGAAUAAUGUUAUUCUAGAUGAAUUUGAAGAAGAUGGUUUUAAUUCAAGAAUGAAAAAUUCAUCGACAUCAAGUACUUCCAUAGCUUCUAGCGAGAAUAGUCUAAGGAAUGGCGAUCCAUAAUUCCAUCAUUAAUUGCCGGCAUUUUCAAAAUUAAAAUUAUAUCUCUCCACUAUAUAUAAUCUAUAUAUGGAGUGGAUCUAUAGAUUUUAAAACUUUUUUAUCAUAUUAUUAUUCAUUCGCAUCAGUCCGCCCAAAUAAUUUUGAUAAACGAAAACUAAUACUAUACUGAAUGAAUUUGCGUUGAUGAUACAUUCUUUUUUCUUUAUACUAAACUUAAUUUCGGAGAAUAAUCAAAAAUCAAAAUCAACUGCCAAAAUGUCUACUAACUAAGAUUUUGAUGGGCAAUACAAAUUUUCAUUAAAUUUUCAAUUGAAAUAGAUCGUGGAGGAAAAAAUUGACGACAAUCCCUGAAGCGGAGCAAUAAUAAUCAAGCAUCGUUCUUUAUAUAUUGAAGUUAAUAUGAAUUCUAUAAAAAAAUUCUGCUAUGUUGUAUCAAUUCAAGCUGAGCACAUUUUGGUCCAUGUAAAAUAUACAACUCAUAUAAAUAUUAAAACUACUACUUUUUUA